AUGGAAGAGAAGGAUGGUGAAAAGAAGUUUAAUCUUCCAUAUCGAAGUAAAUUAACGGAACGUAUUGCGCCCGGUCAAACAUUAAUCAUCAAAGGGAAAACAUUGAAUACUGCAAAAAAGUUUGAUAUUGGAUUACAUCGUAACAGUACAGAUUAUACUGGCGAAGAUAUUCCAUUACAUAUUAGCGUAUCAUUUGAAAAAGGAAAGAUAUCAUUUAAUACAUUUUCAAAUAAUAAUUGGGGAAAGAAAGAGAAGCUAAAGUUACCAUUUAAAAAAGGGAAUGCAUUCGAUUUACGAAUUCGAGCACAUGAUCAUAAAUUCGUGAUCUAUUGCGAUGGU